UAUAUGUCUGGAUAUGGAUUGGCCAGUGGCCACCUAUUUUUCGGAAAUCCAUCCACUUACUGAUGCAUGAUUUUGCGAUUCAAAGAUGCCACAGUAUGAUGUCAACACAGCAGUGUCAGCUGACCUGAGGUUGAUGCAGCCAGCAGCCUCGUAACACACAAGGUUAGAGAGACAGUAUGCACUCCUCUGGACUGGCCAGAGUUUGAUGGCAACAACACGACCACCGAUGUCUGAUUGACCGAUUGAGACAAAAGUGCUUCACCGGGGGAAACCUGUUCCCAGAAAUCACUGGGCCUGUUGCUAGGAAGAAGAAGUUCCAAGGACGCUGACGCCCAACUGCUCCUUGCUCGCCCUUCCUGUUAAUGCACAUUUUAACCAUGAUAAAUCAUUUCUAGUGACACCCCUACACCGCAAGCCCUCAUAAAUAAAGAGUAAGCACUGACCCCGGUCACUUUUUUUCAGUGAAUAAUUCAACAUUUUGUGGGAUUGGUUUAUCACCAUCCCAACUAAAGCAGACAUCCUCUGGGCGGCUAUCUUGGACUUCAUGGGGCUUGCUAAAUCACUCUGACAACUCAUGAGGUGUUUUGUAAGAAGGUAUUACAAUCCAAGAUUCACUUGCUGUUGCAAUACAUAUUCCUAUAGAAACAAACAAGAAACGGCAAUACAGUGGAGAAUGUUUAAUGUUGACAUUUCAGGCCUUUCUCCAUAAUACAUAUUCCUAGCAAGAAUUUACACCAGGCCCCUGAGUAUGUGGGAACGGAAUCUAAAAUGUAUCUGUAAAUCUCAAAUCUACUCUGUUCAACUAGGUUGGACUGAGCAGUACUCAUUAUAUCCAACCAACUCUCAACACCUCUCUAAGGCCAGCCUAAUUCUUUAUGACAAAAUGCAAUGGCCAAUGGGCAUUCUCCAGUAGGGCCACUUAUCUGCCUGCAGAAGUUGCUGUUGGCCCUGGCAACUAGGUCAGAGUUGACCUCAAGCCUUUCGUUGUUAUCAUAACACUGGAGUACGAUAGCCUGAUGAUGAGUUAGAUUCCACAAUUCUAUGACUAGUGUAUACUCCCAGUCGGUAUUAGAUAGAAUGUCGCCAGCCUUGGGGGAAACAACCCAUGGUUACCUUUGUGACCCUAUUGGCUCACAGAAAACACUUGACCUUUUUCAAACGCAAUUUUCUUGUUGUGUUCUUGUUUUAGCCAAUUACAAAACUACAUUUAAGAAAAGUACUUUUCAACAUUGCCUGCUCCUGAGAGUUCUCACUACUUAGAAAAACGUAAUAUUGUAGGGCUUCCCUCAUGCCCCUUUUUAAUGAUGGCGCUAGCAGCCAUGUGAGUGAGUUCUAGCUACCGACCGGAACAUUAAGCUUACCAAGACCAACAACACAAACAUACAGACUAUACUAAACAAGUUAAAUGUCUUACCUGUGAGGAAAUGUUUUCCACACACAUAGCUGCGUGUAGCAUACUUGGACCCCACAAUUUCCCUCUCCCAUACCGAGUAGCCUGAAGCCACAGGGCUGUUCUCGCAUGCUCUAUUUCCCUACGUGGGAGCACUGUGAACUGUAUGUCGGGAUUUUUGACCUGGUUACAUGUAUAUUGAACAACACGCUAGCUUUUCGGCAUGUUUUGUUAUUUCUGUAUAACAAAAAAGAUAUGACGAAGUUGGCUCUUUUACAACGGGGGUCAAUGGAAAAAAUGUUUGUUUUCCCUAAUUUGUGGCCGUGGUUGAGGGGAAUUCCUUAUGACGUGAAUAUUGACUUGGAGUAUAGUAGGAGAAUGACAUCACACGGGGCACCAUUUUAUGUAGGGGAUUUUCCUCACAAGGGGCACCAUUUAGUCCUAUUUAUAAGAAUGUGUUAUGAUAAUAUAAGAUAUUAUUCAAUUAUGAAUAAUUAGUUGUAUCCUAUUAUUGGGAGGGAAUCACUACAAACAACAACACUGACUUCAAUGGCAAUACAACCGUUUUUUGUUUUGUUUUCCAAUUUACAAAGCAGAUGGUCAAGCUGAGAAUCUAUUCCCUCACAGACAGUGAAUUCUCAUCUCUAUUCUAUCCUCAAUUGAUCAGUAUUUAAAUGCUCCCCGCCCGCCUCGUCCAAAUCGCUCUUGCAUUUUUUAUAUUACAUCAUUCAUAUUCUUUCUCUUCCUUCCUCCACCCACAUCUUUAGUACUUUACUACUACUGGUUUCGUCCUGCGUAUCUUUUACACACCUUAUUUGUCAGUUUUGUUGUUGUUGUUGUUGUAUUAAGUGUUCUUCUUUUAAUCCUCCUCUCUGUUGCGUUCCCUUUCCCGCCUCCUCUACACACAUACCUACUGUAUAUCUCUCCUGGCUUUCUUCCUCUCCCUCCCUCCCUCUCUCAGCAUGGGCGUGCCGAGUUUUCCUGGGAAGGAAUCAAUCUCUCUAUGGAGGACACCACCUCCAUCCUGCCUCGUCUGAAGAGGAACUCCAACGCCUACGGGAUCGGCGCUCUGGCUAAGUCGUCACUGACAGGUGUGUCAGGCGUGUCCCGUUCCAUGAAGGAUAAAGUGACUAAGCCCACUGCCAUGGCUUCGGGCAAAGUGGCUCACAUGAUCGAAUGGCAGAGCUGGAACACACCAUCCACUGGGACUGAGGGGACUGUGGUUGCCAAAAUCCCAACCUCGCAACGUGAAAAGGAUAGGCGGAGGGAGAGCGAAAUGUACAGUGAACUCAGUGAAGGAGAAAAGGAGGCCCGCUUCACUGCAGGAUUAAUGGCACAAUUUGCUUUAUCGGAGGCUACUUUGCUGGGCUGGAGAUCUAUGGAGGAAGACAGCCUUCGUGCUGGCUCCAACCAAGGCAGUGUGGCACACCUCAGUGAGACCAACCAGGAGAGCAUCACCAGCAGAGACCAGGCGAUGCAUCACUCCUCGGCCGACAUGUGGCCCAACACCUACGUCGCCCAGGGCCUCUAUUGCCUCUCCUCCUCCGACGCCUGGGAGCCAAUCAGUAACGAUCCCUCGGGCGUGGCCUCGCCGGCCGCCUACAUCAUGGCGGGUGGGGGCGGAGGGACGCCCGGUGAGGGCUACGGCGAGGUGGACAACGUGGGGGGCUACAUCCAGCAGCAGCAGCCCCAACAACUCACCCUGCAGCAGCAGAGCCAGUUGCAGCUCCAGCAGCUGCAGCAGAUUCAGCUGUACCAGCACCAGCAGCUAAUGCUCUACCAACAGCAACAGGCAAUGGAACACAGGCUACACAGUGCAAACCACUCCCUCCAAGCCACGCCCAACAGCACUAUCCACAGUCUGGGCCUGCCCACUCACCCUCGCCUGGCUGACCUAUGGGGCUCUGCGCAGGUGGAGAGUGUCGGACAGAUGAGCGGGCCAAUGGGUGACAUGGUUGGGGUUGUGGUCGAGACAUUGGGGGAGGAGCCAGAGGAGGAGAGUGAAUGCAUUUCAGAGCAACAGGAAGAGGAGGAGACUAAGGAAGAUGAAGUUACGUUAACCUUGGAGCCAACUUUGACCCCGUCCCCGCUUAGAGAAGACGCCACCCCAAUUGGAGGCACCAGUCCACAACUAGCACGCCCAGAACCAAUGGCAGAGCGCAUACCCUUUGUGGUCACACCCUGCAUUGUCCAGUCGUUGGAGGAGAAGGACGAAGAGGUGGCGGAGGGGUCUAUUGUUACCGUGGCAACCAAUUGAGGGGGGCAGUCAGAGAGAGACUGACAAACAGGAUACACUUAUCAAGAAUCAACCAGCUAUACUACCCCCCCUUACAGCUAUUUACCCACUCUAAGACAGAAAAAACAGAGACUUUUCCUGGAGGAGAAAGUGUUGGUUAUGACAAUGAUGAAAGAGCCACAGAGAACUUUAAAGACAACUCAUUGACUGCUCAAAUCUGUCGGUUUGCAGAAACGUAAGGAUUUGUUUUGCAGUGAUAUUGAACUAAGGAAAGGAAAUCGAAAGAAUGGAGUUAAAGAGAGAAAUAAAAAAGACACUGUGAUAAAUAUCAGUGCAAUAUAGAGAAUCACGAGACAACCAAAAGGAAGUGCAUGCUUUUGAAAGUAAUUUAACGAUAAUAGUAAACCGUAUCCAAAGUAAUAAUAUACAAUAAGGAUUUUUUAUAAAACAAAAAAGGAAAUAAAGUAAUAUGUAUUA